UUUGGAGAUUAUGCCAGAGUGGGUAUUUGUAGGAGUUGUCGUCCUUGGUAGUGUUCUCUUCCUGUUGUUGGUUGGGAUCUGCUGGUGCCAAUGUUGUCCUCACUCCUGUUGUUGUUAUGUACGCUGCUGCUGCUGUCCUGAUACAUGUUGCUGUCCAAAACACUUAUAUGAAGCAGGGAAGAUGGCAAAGAGCGGCCAACCUCCUCAGAUUGCCAUGUAUCAACCAUACUACCAUCCUGGUGUUCCUUUGGUUCCUGUAGUUCCACCAGCUGCACCAUCCAGCAUUGAACCCAAGUUGACUACAGUGUCUCGUUCAGUAGAAAACAAUAUAGCUGGAGUGUGCAGUGGCUAUCGACUCCAGGCCAGUCAGGGUCAGGAUGCUAUGAAGGUUGUGUACUACGUAGAGAGGGACCUGGAGCAGUUCCACCCUACCAAGGGGGGCAGUCAUCCAUCUGGCAGCCUAUCAGAACUGAGCUCUCUGCAUGAUGGUGACAUAGACUUCAGGCAGACCUAUCGGCAGGUCCAGAGGAAGGCACUACCACCCAUCAGUGACCAAAUGGAAGAGCCGCGUAUCCGAACAGCAUCGAUUGGUCACGGGCUUCGAUCCUCACAUUAUCAGAGCAAUCACUCUCUGGAUGAGCAUGACAACAGAUGGAACUGUCGUUCUGAACACCUGCCCCGCAAAGCCUUUGAUGCUAGGGGGCGCACAGGGUCACUAGAUGAGCUGGAAGAGUUUGCUAUGUCAUACAGCCCACACGAUCAUCGGAAAGGUGACUUUCGUGGACCUCAGCGAGACUUUGAAAUGGGUCCAAGGUCACGGGACCACCCCACGUCAUACCGAGAUGGGCCACGGUAUUCUCGUGAUGAUGAUGAUGACGACUGGUGUCGUCGAGGCUCACCACCUUCCCCACCAAAAAGGCGCAACACUGCCGACAGUGAGCGUUACCUCGCUCGUCAGAGGUCUUAUGAUGAUACCUACCUGAACACUCUGCUGGAGCGCAAGGUUAGGGGCCACGGAGAGCGAGGUGGGAGGGCUGAUGAUAACAGUGACACACCCUCAAAAGGCAGUUCCAAGAAGAGCAGUGACUGUUACAAUAGCAGGUCACCUAGCAACCGCCCCGAGGAGGAUGAUCCUUUACCUCCGUACUCUGAGAGGGAGGCGGAGAGGUUUAGAACUGAAGAGUAUAAAGAGAGGGAACGGUACAGGACUACUGUUCCUGCCAUGCGGCCUUUUUCAUACACACGUCCGGCCCAUAUGUUACAUGAGCGCAGGGAGGACAGGGACAAUCCCAGGAAACUGACCACUCAUCUAAGCAGAGACUCUCUAAUUGUGUGACGUCAUCAAACUGAGCUGCCAUCAUACUAAUAACAUCACCAUCCAGCUGAAGAGAAAUGCCCCAGACACUAAGCAUCAAUCUGUCAGAAAGACACAUUUUAUGCACGAAAAUCUGACAUGAAGAGCUUGGGAACUUUUGCUGGUCAAGGGCAAGAACGUAUUGUGUGUCUGUUUUUAUUUUAUAUAUUGAUUUGUGUCUAUAUG